UCCAACACCACCAACACAUCGCCCAACACCACCACCACUGACCGCAUCUGCUUUAAUGUCGGACGAGAGCUCUAUGUCUAUAGUUAUAAAGGAGUGAAAAAGGCCGCAGAUUUGACAAAACCAGUGGACAAAAGGGUAUAUAAGGGGACGUAUCCGACGUGUCAUGACUUCAAUUCAUCAAACAUAAGCUCCGAUUGUGUGUACCUUCUGGUGGGGUUCAGUGCCGGACAAAUACAACUCAUUGAUCCCAUUAAGAAAGAAAUCUCUAAACUAUAUAAUGAAGAAAGAUUAAUCGAUAAAACGAAGGUUACAUGUCUUAAAUGGUUACCCAAUUCGGCCAACUUUUUCAUAGUGUCCCACAGCAGUGGACAGAUGUAUGUGUAUAAGGAGGACCUGCCGUGUGGG